AGAGUGUCGAGGUGGUGGAGACACCCAGCCCAGGUUCUCCUCCUCUCUGCCCACCUACUUUCCUGUCUCCUGCCAGCUGCAGGGCGCCGACUCCUCCUUUUUCCUCCGGGAGGCAGGACAGGAAGUGAUGCGUAAUGGCAGCCUGCGGACGCGCACUGAGCCCUUCUUCCUCCACCAACCAGAGGCGGGCGCCGCCCCCCUGCCAUCCGUCAACUGUAGCUACGGCAACCUGACGGCCGAGGCCCCCGUGCCGCUAGAGCUGCUCCAGGGGUCCCCGCGCCUCCUGGGCCCCUCCCCCACCCACAUCACCCUCAACUGGAAGGUGCGUGCCCAUGUGGUGAGCCGCAGGGUGGGCUCGGCACGCCCCCUCAUCCAGGUGCUGUUCUACCUGGCUGGCCGCCGCUGGGACGAGGCAGCCCCACUUCCGGAGCAGCUGCCCUGUGUGAGGGUGAUAGCGGUGCGGGAGCCCAGCGAAGCCUCCCCCUCGGCGGGCUGCAGGUUGGAUGAGGUGGGGGGCGGCGUGGGGAUCUGUGUGGCUCGCUUAGAGCUGCCUGCUGGCUGGUUCACCCCGUCACCAGGACGGAAGAGGCUCCCUGAUACGGCCCUGAACGGAGUGGAGCUGUACUACUCUGUCCAGCCCCUAGAGGGUGAGAGCGAGGAGUGCCCAGCCAGCAAGGAGCAGUGGAGAGGGCAGAGUGGAGCAGGGGGUGACAUGCAGAGUGCUGGGCCUGUGGGGCUGGUGGUGGGGCUGGUGAGGCCCAUGGGGGAGAGGCUGAGACUGGAUGACAACGUCGAGAUCCUGGUGCCUCCCAGUCCCAUCAGACUGGGACAGAUGGUGGGCUUCGGGAUCAGCAUGAGUUCUGCCUCUAGUCUGGAGCAGUUCACUCUCAGAGCCCUCUUCAGACAAGGGGUCAACUUUGUGUCAGUGAAGCCCAGCAACGUGGCCUCCUCCUGGGAGAUCAAACAGGAAACGCUCCCUGGAAGUCCCUCCUUGUCCGUGUUCUGCCAGAGGAAGGCCAGCUCUAUGGGGGAAAGGUUGGAGGGUUCCUUUUACGAGGUGAUGCAGGUGGAGUUUGAGAUGGACAACAUCAUCAACCUACAGUCCACCCAGACCAUCCAGUGGCAGAUCGAGUAUCCCUCCACAGGCACACAGGCCGAGGCUGUCUCCCACCUCUACAUCAGCCAGAGAGACAUCCAGGGCAUCGUACCCCUGGCCGAGGACACAGAGAUCGUGAACACGGCCAUCCUAACAGGCAGGCGUGUUGCGGUGCCGGUGAAGGUGGUUACUGUGGAGUGGGACGGUACUGUGAGGGAAGUGGACGAUACGGUCGGCUGUACCUCCACUGACGAGGACGUGGUCAAGGUGUCUCCUGGCUGUGACGCAGUGCUUGUGAAUGGGAAGGAGAUGCGAGGUAGACAGUCUCUGAUGGUCAACUUCACCUACCUGUACCUGAGCACCCAGCUGGAGCUGACAGUGUGGGUGCCUCGUCUGCCCCUGCAGAUGGACGUGUCUGACACGGAACUCAGCCAGAUCAAGGGCUGGAGGGUGCCCAUCUUCUCCAACAAGAGGCCCACCCGCGACAGUGAGGAUGACGAGGAUGACGAGAGGAAGGGCAAAGGCUGCACGCUGCAGUACCAGUACGCUCUGGUGAGGGUGCUCACCCAUUUUGUGGCGGAGCCAGCAACCCCUGGCGGGGAGCUAGUCUACAUGCUGGGGGUGGACUGGCAGGCAGACAUCACAGACAUGGUUCUGGACUACCUGAAGGUGGAAGACCCACGCAUUGCCCGGCUGCUGGAGGGACGUGUCCUGAUGGGCAGGGACCUGGGCAUCACCACAAUCCAGGUGCUGUCCCCUCUGUCCGACUCUAUCCUGGCAGAGAAGACCGUGACGGUGCUGGACGACAAGGUGACCAUUACAGACCUGGGGGUCCAGCUGGUGGCCUCUCUAACCAUGACCAUGCAGUCAGGGAGCAACCAGGCCAUCGCACUGACCACUACCGCCCAGGACCUGCUGCACAGCCCCAAACAGGAAGCUGUCAUCAGCGUCUGGAUCCAGUACAGUGACGGCUCUGUAACGCCCCUCGACAUCUACGACCCCAGAGACUUCACGCUGAGCGCCACCUCUCUGGACGAGGCGGUUGUGUCCACCUAUCAGGAGCAGCCACUGCGCUGGCCCGUGGUGGUGGCCGAGGGUGAGGGCCAGGGACUGCUGGUCCGAGUGGAGAUGGUCAUCUCCGAGACCUGUCAGAAGUCUAAGAGGAAGAGUGUCCUGGGUGUGGGCGUGGGUAGCGUCAGGGUCAAGUUUGGCCAGAACGACGUGGAGCUGAGGGGCAUGGGCCAAGAGGAGGAAGAGGGCGGUCUGGAUAACAGCACCAGUGACCAGAGGCAGAAGGGCCUGGAGGGAGACAAGGCUGGAUUGGACGGCUGGAAGCACACCAACGCUGCUUCAGACCGUGAGGAGGGCGCCAUGAGGAAAACUAGCACCACCACUAAGACCACUGUCACCCACCGGGCUGGGGGCAACAAGCGUGGCGGUGGAGGAAACAACCGGGGGACGGGGGAACAGAACACCCCUGUGGACUACACCAGCUUCCCUGCCCAGGUGGACGUACCGGGUGGCGCGGAGAGCGACCUGUCCCAGACCCCCCGGGGCUUAUCAGACCUGGAGAUUGGCAUGUAUGCCCUGCUGGGGGUCUUCUGCCUGGCCAUCCUGGUGUUCCUCAUAAACUGUGUGAGCUUUGCCUUCCGCUACCGCCACAAGCAGCUGCCCGUACUGGAGCAGGGCAACAUGAACCAUGCCCACGACUGGGUGUGGCUGGGCAACGAGGCUGACCUGCUGGAGCACCAAAGCGACCAGUGCCAGUCGCCGCACCAGGAUGAGUGCACCACCAUCAUUGACCGGAGUGAGGGCUACGAGGAGAGCAAGUACCUGCUCAAUGGAGGGGGCAACGUGGAGGUGCAGAGGACCUCCACCCACGGCCAGACCCUCCCCCGCUCCCUCUUGGAGCCCCGACAGUGCGCCGGCAAGGACCCGGCAGGCAAGGCCGAGCCUCUCAACAACUCCCCCACCGCUGCCAAGCGCAAGCGGGUCAAGUUCACCUCCUUUGCCACAGUGCUGCCAGACGACGGGGGGCCCUACACUAACUCCAUCCUCAUUGGCAACGAGGACGACAUCAAGUGGGUGUGCCAGGACAUGGACCUGGGCCCAUCGGCGGAGAUCAGAACCUACAUGGAGAGGCUACAAGACAAUCUGUGAGCGAGAGAGGGAGAGCGAGUGAGAGAGAGAGAGAGAGAGAGAGAGAGAGA